GAAAAUACGUCUCGUGAAAACACUUCGAAGACAAAAUGUAAUCAGGUGUUGCGGCUUCAAAAAGUGCAUGGGAAAAGCUACUAAAAACGGGACAAAAUACAAAACGACUACUCAAACUUUCCCACCUACGCUUCCUGUGACUGACGACGACGGUGCGAUACCAACCACGGUUCUGGAAAAUGCGGCCAUUGCGACAGGAAGUUCUGCCAUUACAAACGGGGAAAGUGCUGCUGCAAACAGUGAAAUGACGACAGCUCAAGAUUCUCAAGAUUCGAGCGCGAUUUCUACAGAAAAUAACGCAGUCAGCAUCACAUCAUCUAAAGCUUCAGGAAUAACUUCAACUUUAAAGACCUCAUCAUUUAGCAAUUUGCCAGUUUCAAUAACUUUACCACCAAGUGUGCCGCCAAUUGGAACAACCACUUUGGCAUUAAAUCCUGCUCCAACGUCUUCAACCAUCACGACAACAAUUACAACAACCAAGACUUCAACAACAACUACAAGCACGACGCCUAUCCCAUGCUUAUUGCCGUGCAAGGAUUUUGAUGAAUUCUUAUUGGCUAAUCCAACAUCAAAACCAUCUCAGACUGAUGGCUCAAUUCUAAAGUCUACAAAGUGUGGCAACAGGCAAUAUUACGUUUCGACAGCUAAAAUGUCGAGAAAUGAAGCAGGACUGCGGUGCAAAGCGAUGGACAUGUCUCUCCUGACCGUUACCUCGAUCGAAGAACUGACCUGUCUCAGCGGUUUGCAAGGUUUUCGCACAUUUUCAUUUACUGCAUGUAUAAAAAAAGAAAAUUCAAUUUAAUUUCCAGAUGGAACGUUUUGGACGAGUGGCACAAAGGGAAACGACAAUCCAAGCUGUGGCGAGAUUUUCGGGUGGUGUUCAACUGGGUUCAAAGUGUUGCAAACCCUUCUUUCAGCGCCCAAUUAUUUCCUUCCAACCACCAAAGCCCCUUCUUCCACCGAAAGCUGUCUGGCAGUCGUCAACGCUGCAGCAGA